GAACAACCCCAAAACUACGGCACCCAUCCCCUUUCAGACCACCCCAACCCCGAAAUCUCAUGCUUCCCUCAAAAGGGUUUCUCCCAAAUCACCCAGGAAACAUCCGGAAAAUCCCUCCACGCAUUGUGCGUGAAAGGCAUUGUGCCUCUCCGAGCGUUCUGCUCAAACACUCUGGUAAACAUGUACUCGAAAUUUGGGCGUAUUGGGUAUGCACGCAAGGUGUUUGAUGAUAUUCCUGAGAGAAAUGAAGCUUCUUGGAACACGAUGAUGUCGAGCUAUGUGAGAGUGGGGUUGUAUUCUGACUCGGUUAGGUUCUUUUGUGAGAUGGUUGGGUGUGGGGCUAGGCCGAGUGGGUUUGUCAUUGCGAGUUUGGUUACUGCGUGUGAUAAGGCUGGCUCUAUGUUUUCUGAAGGGCUGCAAGUUCAUGGCUUUGUGGUGAAAAGUGGGUUGUUGUGUGAUGUUUUUGUGGGUACUUCUGUUUUGCAUUUUUAUGGCACCUAUGGUGUUGUUUUGAAUGCUCGAAAAAUCUUUGAGGAGAUGCCAGAGAAGAAUGUAGUUACUUGGACUUCUUUGAUUGUUGGGUAUUCUAGUGGUGGAGAUUUGGGAGAAGUGAUGAGUAUUUAUAAGCAUAUGAGGUGCGAAGGAGUAUGUUGCAAUGAUAACACUUUGGCGAUAGUGUUUAGUACUUGUGGGGCGCUUGGGGAUGAGUUAUUGGGUGAGCAAGUUCUUGGAGAUGUUGUGAAACUAGGUUUGCAGAGUAGCGUUUCUGUUGCAAAUUCCCUCAUAUCCAUGUAUGGUAGCUUUGGUAAUGUGGGUGAGGCAUGCUAUGUAUUCAAUCACAUGGAUGAAAGGGACACUAUCUCAUGGAAUUCGAUUAUUUCUGCUAAUGUGCAACAUGGGCUCUGUAAAGAAUCAUUAUGGUUUUUUCAUCGUAUGCGGCAUGUAAACAAAGAAGUGAAUUCUAUAACAGUUUCAACGUUGUUGGGCGUCUGCGGGUCCACAGAUAAUCUGAAGUGGGGCGGUGGAAUACAUGGACUGGCAGUGAAACUGGGGAUGGAAUCAAAUGUUUGUGUUGGAAAUACUCUUUUAAGUAUGUAUUCUGAGGCUGGAAGAUCUGAAGAUGCUGAAUUAGUUUUUGAAAGAAUGACAGAGAAGGAUAUUAUCUCAUGGAACUCUAUGUUAGCAAGCUAUGUUCAGAAUGAGGAAUCCCAAAAUGCCCUCAAACAUUUUGCUGAAAUGCUGCGGAUGAGAAAACCAAUAAAUUACGUGACUUUAACAAGUGCAUUGUCUGCCUGUUCGAAUCUGGAAUUUUUAGUUGAAGGAGAGAUACUUCAUGCUAUUGCAGUCAUUGCAGGCCUAAAAGACAAUCUGAUAGUCGGAAAUGCAUUAGUUACCAUGUAUGGGAAGCUUAGUAAGACACGUGAAGCAGUGAAGGUAUUACAAACGAUGCCCAAGCGAGAUCAAGUUACUUGGAAUUCCCUCCUUGGUGGUUAUGCUGAAAACAAAGAACCAGAUGAGGUAAUCACAGCUUUUAAACUCAUGAGAAAAGAAGGAACUCCAGCAAACUACAUUACAAUAAUUAACGUUCUUGGUGCGUUCCUGAUUCCUAGUGAUCUACUAGCACAUGGGAUGCCCAUCCACGCACUCAUAGUUUCAACAGGAUUUGAAUCAGAAAAGUAUGUGCAGAGUUCCCUUAUUACAAUGUAUGCUAAGUGUGGUGAUUUGAACUCAAGUAACUCCAUAUUUAGUGGAUUAACUGUCAAGAACUCCAUUGCAUGGAAUGCAAUCAUUGCUGCAAAUGCUAAUCAUGGCCUUGAGGAAGCCUUGAAACUUGUUCUGAUGAUGGGAAGAGCUGGAGUGGACUUCGAUCAGUUCAGCUUAUCUGUCGCACUUUCUGUUAGUGCGGACCUGGCUAUGUUGGUGGAAGGCCAGCAGCUUCAUGGUCUGGUAGUUAAGCUUGGUUUUGACACAGACCAUUAUAUUACAAAUGCUGCGAUGGAUAUGUAUGGAAAGUGCGGGGAGAUGGAAGAUGUUUUGAAGAUACUUCCCUCACCAACCAUCAGGUCACGAUUAUCAUGGAACAUCUUGAUAUCAUCCUUUGCCAAACAUGGGUGUUUCGAGAAGGCUAGGGAAAGCUUUCAUGAAAUGGUAAGUCUGGGUGUGAAACCUGACCACGUGACCUUUGUCUCACUUCUCUCUGCAUGUAGUCAUGGGGGUCUUGUGGAUGAUGGUCUUGCAUACUAUAAUGCAAUGAUUACAGAGUUUGGUGUCCAACCAGCAAUAGAACAUUGUGUGUGCGUAAUUGAUCUCCUUGGGCGAUCAGGGAGGCUUUCUGAUGCUGAAAAUUUUAUUAAAGAUAUGCCAGUCCCCCCAAAUGACCUUGUGUGGCGGAGCUUGUUGGCUGCAUGUAAAACUCAUCGCAAUUUGGAAUUAGGGAGGAAAGCAGCAGACCAUCUUCUUGAGUUAGACCCAGCAGACGAUUCAGCUUAUGUUCUUUUCUCAAAUGUUUGUGCAAGUACUGGAAGAUGGGAGGAAGUAGAGAAUGUAAGGAGGCAAAUGGGAGCGAGAAGCAUAAUAAAGAAGCCAGCUUGUAGUUGGGUCAAGUUGAAAAGUGAGGUGAGUAAAUUUGGGAUGGGAGAAAAGUCUCACCCAAAAACAGAGCAGAUUUAUGCUAAGUUGGGAGAGCUUAUGAAGAUGAUUAGAGAAGCAGGCUAUGUUCCUGAUACAAGCUACUCCCUGCAAGAUACUGAUGAAGAACAGAAGGAGCAAAAUCUUUGGAACCACAGUGAGAGAAUUGCCCUUGCUUUCGGGUUGAUCAGUACUCCAGAAGGUUCACCUGUUAAGAUUUUCAAGAAUCUUCGAGUCUGUGGUGAUUGCCAUUCUGUGUACAAGCAUGCUAGUGCAGUAGUUGGGCGGAAGAUCAUAUUGAGGGAUCCAUACCGGUUUCACCAUUUCACUGAUGGCAAAUGUUCUUGUUCUGACUAUUGGUGA